AUAAUUAUUUUCCUAUCAUAUCAAGGAAUAGACCGUUCCAAAGAUUUCAAGAACUAAAAAUCCUUAUAUAUAUAUAUUUAGGGGAGGCAAAAGAAGUCGAGAGAUCAGAUCCUUAUACAGAGAGAAACGAAAUCGUGAAACGAAUUAGGGUUUCGACGAAAAAGAUGAAGCCACAAGAAGAAGAAGAGAAGAACGAAAAUAUGGCGAGGAAAAGAAGUAAAUCAUCAUCGUCGUUGUCCAUACCUCUCGAUAUAGCCACAGAUAUAUUCUUAAGGCUUCCUGCGAAGUCUGUCGUAAGGUUUAGUUGUGUGGCGAAGCAUUGGUCAUCAAUCACCACCGCUCCAUAUUUCACCAACUCGUUCGAAACUCGACCUAAUCUUUUGUUCUUCUUCAAAGAAGCUGACAGGUUCUUUGUUGUCACGGUUCCUAAACCUAAUCGGAGACCGAACGAGUCCGUUUCUCAUACUUCUUCUCAGAUUCUUGAUAGUUACCAAACACCCUAUCCAAAACAUAGCUGCUUCACCAUUAAAACCGAGUCGGUCCACGGUUUGAUCUGCUUCCAGAGAGGUACAAAGCCUAUAGUUUGGAACCCUACUAUGAGAAAGUUCAAACCUUUACGCAAACCGGACAAGAGCUGGGAGAGUUUAACAGUCUUUUUAGGGUAUGAUCCACUCGAACGGACGCACAAAGUAGUGGCCAUGCCGUGUGAUAAAGCUUCUGAUGAGUGUAGGAUUUUAACAUUGGGUUCAGCAGAUCAAGAAUCAUGGAGAACAGUCAAAACCAAUUAUAAGCAUCACCCUAGCCGUGGCAAUCGCAAAAACAAUUAUGGACCAUGCAGAUGCAUCAACGGUGUUCUAUAUUAUCUAGCCGAGAUUGAUCGUCAUCGACUCAUCGGUUUAUAAUGACUUUUGAAGUAAAAUCUGAAAAGUUCCAAGCGAUUAGAUUACCAUGUGGUUGUGAGCCAAAGAUGAUGAUAUCUUAUAAAGGGAAGUUCGCUUUUCUCGGUCA